AUGGCGAGGCUGUCGUCGGACCCACUGACGGUAGGGAGGGUGAUCGGAGAAGUCAUCGACUCGUUCAACCCCAGCGUGAAGAUGAUGGUGACCUACAACUCCAACAAGCUCGUCUGCAAUGGCCAUGAGUUAUUCCCCUCCGCCGUCGUCUCCAAGCCCAGAGUGGAGGUCCAAGGCGGCGAGAUGAGGUCUUUCUUCACGCUGGUGAUGACAGACCCAGACGCGCCCGGCCCCAGCGAUCCUUACCUACGGGAGCAUGUUCACUGGGUGGUGACUGAUAUCCCCGGCACGACUGAUGCGUCUUUCGGGAAGGAGGUGGUGAGCUACGAGAGCCCGCGGCCCAGCAUCGGCAUCCAUCGUUUCGUCUUCGUCCUGUUCAAGCAGAAGCGGCGGCAGUCGGUGGCCGCGGCGCCGCCAUCGAGGGACCGCUUCAGCACCCGCGGCUUCGCGCAGGAGAACGACCUCGACCUCCCCGUCGCUGCCGUCUACUUCAACGCCCAGAGGGAGACCGCCGCACGCAGGCGCUGAUGUUAUUCGUCCCUGCGCACUGUGUCAUUGCCGCCCAUCGCAUGUGUUCGUUUGUCUGCCAAAUAAGCCGCUGCUGCUGCUGUUGCUUGAUGAUGACGAUGAUGGUUGAUUUUGUCAUGGCUGUCUCCAACGGGAGUGGAGUGUGAUUGAGGAGAUUGUUGACGGGUGAGCAGCAGCGGAUGUGCCAAUUGCUGUGUUUGUUUCUCCUCCUGGUUUCCCUACGUGUCGACCAUGGAGGACAGAGUGUACUUGCCCACUUGUUCUGCCGAGUGCUUGCUUCGCCAUUGUUUUAUCUUUCUCCUCCUCAACAUCUUCGCCAGUGUCUUUUGUGCCUUGGAGGCCUGUUACAGGAGCAUAUCAACUCGCUGGUACUCAACUGUGCAUCUGCCACCGGGCACCGUCUCUUUUACUUGCUUCUCUCCCUAUGUGACAAAGUUUCCCCAGUGCCCUGGAAGAGGGAAGAGAAAAUGGAGGUUUGAGAUUAUGUAUGGUUUUACCUGCAGUAGAUGGGCCGUCCAGACUGCAUCGUCUCUUUACUUUCUCUCUCUCUCUCUCCUCUUCUUCUUCUUCUCCUCAUUGAAAGAAAAGAGGGCUUUUGUCCUGUCAGAAUACUCUUCUUCUUUGCUAAUGGAGAAUAUUAAGUAUGAAUCGCAACAUGUUCCUCC